AUGUGGAGGAGGAUUGGCCUUACGCAACACUUAUUACGCAAUCUUUUAGGUGAACGGGAAGGAAAGGACUUUGAAAAAAAGGCUGCUGUUGCUCUGAGGUCAGGUCAAAUAUGGUGGUGGCGCUGUAGGGCGGCAUGUUUUGGUCGCAUUCCUCCAAGUAUACAAUGCUGAAGCGACAAUUAUUAAAUUUAUUAUUUUUUGAAGGGAAGGAGAGGGAGUUGAAAGCUCGA